AUGCUGAGCUGGAGCCGCAGAGACUCGCUGUCGGCUCCGGGCAGGCACAAGGGUCGGAUACCGGAGUGGGACACCGACACGCGGACUGACAUUAAGACGGUGCUGCAGCAAGCCGACGAAGAAGCGAGCCCGGCGUCGCAGGCUCCGAGCUGUGAGGAAGCGAGCAGCGAGACCUGCGGAGCCCAGCCGCCCGAGCUGAGUGCCAUGUCGCCGCGGAAUGGAGAGAGCGUCAGCGACAACUUAGAAGGUCCACCGUUGGUCGACCAAAGAAGAGCUUCAGACAUGCAGGAGAUGAGUUCCCAUGUGCAAACUGCGCGGCCGUCCCAGAUGACGGACCUAACGGAACGAGCGGCUCGCAUUAAGCAGAAGCUGGAGCAGGGAGUGAAGAAACCAUAUAAGGAUGUAAUAGAUGUCUCCUGGGGGGACCCUCAGAGGGCUGGCAUGAAACCUCUCUCCUUUGUCAGACAGGUGCUAGCUGCUUGUUUUUACCCACAACUCCUGGACGGUGACAACCUGCCCUUGGAUGUCAAGCGACGAGCGCAGGAGCUGCUCUGGUGUUGUGAUGGCGGCAGUGUAGGCUCAUAUACGAACACUCCGGGGAUUUCCGAAAUAGUGGAGAGCAUUGCUGAGUUCUUAACCAGACGAGAUGGCAUUCCAGCUGAUCCUGGCAACAUCUGGAUCCAUCCUGGUUCACAGAUGUCACUCAUGAAGAUCCUGUCGCUGCUAGUGCACAGUGAGGCAUCCCCCAAGAGCGGCGUGCUCAUGCCGGUGCCGGGACACACAACAACCCCCUUGUCUGUAGAAACCCUGGGGGGCGUGGUGGUCCCCUACUUCCUCGAUGAGGAGUGCGGCUGGGAGAUAGGGGUGGAUGAACUGCGACGCGCGCUGGACUCAGCCCGGGGCGUGUGCCAACCCGUCGCUUUAUACGUCAUCAAUCCAGGAAACCCCUCGGGUCACGUUCAGAGUAGGAAGUCGAUGGAGGAGGUCAUCAGGUUUGUUGCAGAGAACAAACUCUUUCUUCUUGCUGAUGAGGUGUACCAGAGCAGCAUUUAUGACGCUGAGAGGGAGUUUGUGUCCUACAAGAAGCUUCUGUGGGAGCUGGGACCUCCUCUGUCCCACACGCUGGAGCUGGCCUCCUUCCACUCUGCAUCCAAAGGCCUCCUGGGAGAGUGUGGUCUUCGAGGAGGAUACGUGGAGCUACUCAACAUAGACCCUGCCGUCAUGCCAUACGUCCAGCAGAGCUUCCAUAUGGUCACAUGUUCUCCCGUCUACGGGCAAAUUGCUCUGGCACUCAUGGCCAAGCCCCCACAGCCGGGAGAUCCAUCGUACCCGCUUUAUAAACACGAAACUGAGUGCGCGAGGAGCACGCUGCUUGACAACGUGAAGCGAGUUCAUCAGGUUUUGAAUAGUCUGCCUGCAAUCAGGUGCCAGCCAGUGCAAGGAGGAGCCUUUGCCUUCCCUAGACUGCUUCUGACACCGAAAGCCAUUAGCAAAGCUAAGGAAGUGGGCAUGCAACCAGACACAUUCUACUGUGUCGGACUGCUGGAAGAAACUGGAUUAUUUGUGAGUCCAGGAUCUGAGUAUGGACAAAAAGAAGGCACCUACCACAUCAGGAUUUGCAUUAUGACUUCUGCUGACAUCAUGGAAGAACUACUGAGACGCCUCAGCGCUUUUCACUUACAGUUCAUGAAGGAUUUUGAAUAA